AAUACCCAUCCCUUGACCACGGUGCCGUCCCGGGGACCCUUUUCUCAUAUUCCAAGACCUAUUGGCCGUUAAAUUAUCACCCGAUUAAGGAUGAGCCUCGGAGCCCUCCCGCUCUGUCAAAAUCCUCAUCGCUUUCCCUCGAUAAACUCUAAUCUUGCCUUUCAAUCUCUCGUACCUUGGUAUUCCAUAUCUUCGCCUGUUGGAUCUUCCCAGCUUAGCCGAUGUCUGAGGAAGUUUUCCUCUUCCGCCUCCGCGUCGGGUUCAUCGUGGUCUUUGGAUCUCCCUCUCCUCCCCUUUCAAAUAAACGAGGUUAUGAUACCAUCAGAGAAUAAGACUUUGCAUUUGUACGAAGCAAGGUAUUUGGGACUAUUGGAAGAGUCACUGUCUAAAACAAAGAUGUUUGUGCACUUUGUGUUGGAUCCAGUUCUUUCCGGAAUAUCUGAAUUUGGAACACCAUAUGCUGCUAAAUAUGGUUGUUUGGUUGUCAUAGAGAGUGUUAAUCGUUUGGAGAUUGGGGCAUUGGUAUCCAUUAGGGGCAUUAGUCGUGUGGGCAUUGUAAAGCUUACACAGAUGGAACCCUAUUUAAAAGGACUUGUCCUGCCGAUAUUGGACAACAUUGCUGACCAAGAAAGUGAACUAGAAAAGAAACUUCUGGAACUGACAGAGUUGAUCAUUAGUCUACAUAACCUACAAAUUAGACUAAAGGCUUCUAAGCAAGAACUGCUGCAAACACGGACUAAGAACUCUAUUGCAUGGGCUCAAAAAGAUGUUUUCAAAGAUUGUGAUCAAUCUUUCAUUCCCAAACUAGCAGAACGAAUAUCUUUUGCUGCACUACAACCAGUAUCAGGUAUGACUGACUCUGAGUUGUUUGCUCUGCAACAAGAAAAAUUACGUGCAAUGGAUUCAACAGACACAUUGGAAAGAGUCAACUAUUGUAUCCAGUUCACUAGAAAUAGCAUUAACAUGGUUGCAGCAAAACUAGCUAUCCAAUCUUUAGAAACCUAAUGUCGACGAUCCUGCAAAGUUAGCAGUUUGAAUUAUUAUUAUCAGUCUCCAAGUGUUAUGAAAGUCAAAAUUUUCUUCAUAAAAUGUGAGUUAUGUCGAUUCUUCUUUUCAUUGUCUCUAUCUUCUCUAGUUAUCUGGUUUUAAUGUAAACUAACCUCUUUGAUUGUGGUUUUGGUAUAAAUCAUGCUGCAAGAAGAACGUUCAAUGGAGAAAAACAGCUCUCUUCAGAUCUGGUGGCAAAUGCUGUAGAUAAUUGUUGUAACAUGUUCAAUUUGUCGUCUUGAAUUGCAACAUGUUUAAUUUGAUAAAAGCAUGUCUGCCCGAGUAUUUCUGGCAAACACUAUUUAGUAGACCUUUUAGGUUAAAAUUCUUACUUGAAAAUAGAUUGUUGAUUA